AUGGCUAGUAAAGAUGAAGUAUCUAUUCAUCAUACUCGAGUUUGUGAUAUUGGUCAAGAACCACACAAAAUGCUCAUGCCAAUUCGUGGAUACGAAGAUGUUCCGUUGGUUUCUCUUGAAGAAGCGGUUGAGCCCCUGGUAUCAAGUGUACCUAAUAUUAAAGACUAUGCUUAUGUAGCUAAGCAACGAUGUGAUGAGGAGCCACCUGAUGGUCUUAGUCAAGAUGAAUCAGCAGCCAUUAUGCUCUACUUCAUGGACUGGCCACCACAACAAAAAUGUCUUUACUAUGUGCUCAACAGUAUUCUUCGAUCGGAAGAUAGACGGAAACUAGAAUCAUGGUUUCGUUAUUUAAAACUUUUUCUAACUGCACUCAAUCGUCUUCCGUCGACUCAUUGCGCAGUUUACCGAGGCGUCAAAAUGGAUUUAAGUAAACACUAUAAAAAAGGAAAAACAAUUGUUUGGUGGGCUUUCUCGUCUUGUACAUCAACAAUUGAGGUACUUGAAAACGAAGAUUUUUUGGGUCAGACUGGUACAAGAACAUUUUUCACAAUCGAAUGUGACAAUGGAAAAGAUAUUAGUCGCCAUUCAUAUUUUCAAUUCGAACAAGAAGUUCUACUUCCACCUGCAAGACAUUUCGAAGUAGUAUCUUCUCUACAAGCAGCAUCCGAUCUUCACAUGAUUCAAUUGAAAGAAGUUAAGCCCCCAAUAGUAUUACUACAGCCGGUAACUUUAGAGUCGCAAUCAAAGAAGCCUGUACCUGGUAAGAAAUACUAUUUAUUUCUGAUUGUUAAUCUAUAUGUUUAUUUCAAAUAACAAACUCUAGGUGAGUUGUUUCAGUCAGUGGGGUAUUUUUCACUUUCAUUUCACAUACUGUCCUUUUUUUUCUUAAAACAGUAUCAAUACAGAAAAGUUAUGUCAUUGAAGUAAGGAUGCGAGUGUGGCAUAGUAUAGUCUAAAUGUACCGAUUAAUUAAAAUGAAAGAAAUGUUUUAGUUAGAUGACUAUAUAAAAAAAGUCGAUUAUUAUAUGAACACAUUGAAUCUUAUCUUUUUCAGCGCCUACGAAAAAAGACAAAACUACCACCAAUGUUGAUGAAAUAAAGAUUAAAGUCGAACAAGUGAGGGUGUGGGUGUGAGUGUGAGUGUGGAUGUGGAUGUGGGUGUGGGUGUGGGUGUGGGGUGUGGGGUGUGGGUGACGUUUCAAUCAUAGCCGCACCCAUACUCUUACCAACACCCACACCCACACCCA